GGCACCGUGCAACCCGACAGACUGGCUGCAAGUCCCGAGGAAACUAUAGCAGGACAAAAGCACCGGAACUCAGCACGAGUUGAUGCAAGCAGAGAAACGAGAAAAAUCCCUGCUUUUGCAAACAAUCUAGCUGCUGGGUUUCAUAAGGAGCCGGACUGACUUUCAGUGUUUCAUUUGGACUCCAGCUAGGAAGCUGCAGCUGCCACUGAGAACUAAAAUACCUGAAUGAACAGCAGCUUUCAUAUUAUGCAUCCUGCUAAGCAACAGCAAGGAAAGUAAGAGACGGGGUCCUGAGUCACAAGCUGGCUCUGCUGAAGAUGAGCGCGGUGUUUCUCCUGCUUUUGGUGUGCUCUGCGGAUGUCGGUGCUGUGCUGGAAAAGGCUCUGCCGAGACGGGAACCGCGGCGCCUCUCGUGCGUGCGAUGCUGUGGGCCUUCGGAGCAGCCCGUCUCCAUCAUCUCCUCACGAUACACAAGGAUGAGCAGUGACCCUGCCUAUUCGGUACCCAAAGUCCAGCCCAAUAUAGACAUCACCAUCCUCAAAGGUGAGAAGGGUGAAAUGGGAGAGAAAGGGUACCCUGGAGCAGUUGGGAAGGAAGGAGAAAGAGGGCUACGUGGCCUUAAUGGACGGAAGGGACAGAAGGGCCAGCCUGGCCCACAAGGCCAUUCCUGCAAGCAGCUCUAUGCUGCUUUCUCAGUGGGUCGGAGAAAAACCCUCCAUAGCUCAGACUACUUCCAGCACGUCACUUUUGACACUGAGUUUGUGAACCUCUACAAGCACUUCAACAUGUUCUCGGGGAAGUUCUUCUGCUACGUGGCAGGAAUCUACUACUUCAGCCUCAACGUCCACACCUGGAACUUCAAGGAGACCUACCUGCACUUGAUGAAGAACGAGAAGGAGGUGGCCAUCCUCUACGCCCAGCCCAGUGAUCGGAGCAUCAUGCAGAGCCAGAGCCUCAUGCUGGACCUGCAGGAAGGAGAGGAGGUCUGGGUGAGGAUGUUCAAGCGGGAGCGAGAAAAUGCCAUCUACAGCGAGGAGUCUGAUGUUUACAUCAUCUUCAAUGGCCAUUUAAUCAAGCCAGCCGUAGAGUAGCCAUUCAUCAGCUUUAGGCUCAAAGCUUUGGUAGAUACGUUAGUGUCUUCCCUUUUAGAAACGCGUAUGUCUAGUUCCACUUGGAAGGAUUACAGGCCUGCUGACAGGGUUGUCUGUCCAUGCCAAGGACACCCGUGUGGGUGGAGGUGACCGUUUCAAGGUGAUGCAAGCUACACAAGUACCAAGAAGGCUUCAGCCCUUAUGUGCCCUGAAGAAUACACAUUCAGAAGGCCCCAGUUCUGCAGCCCUGUAUAGAUCCCCUGUAACAUCCCUAAAGCGUUUGCCAAGUUGGUAGCAAAAAUUUAACUUCUUUACUCUGCUUUAGAGAAGGCAUUUUAUUUAUAUCUAAGGAUCAUCUUCAGAUACCAGUUAUCCAGGUGCUACUUAAAGAAUGUCAUUACUGCCACAACAAUACUUGGAUAUCUUUGCAGUGUUCAAUAAGAGUCCACACUUGCUGGCACAUACACCAGGUCUGCUCCACUCAGGGAGGCAAGAAUACACCAGUGUUAAGAACUAUAGUUAGCACAGUAUGUUUACACUAAAUUGUAUUUUUAUUCCACUUCAUGUAAUGUGACAUUCUGAGACCAUAAGCAGAGCAUCAUAGACUGGUUUGGGUUGGAAGGGACCUUAAAGAUCAU